AUGAAGACCUGCCUUCUUCUGUGUGUCGCUCUGGUUUUGAUGCAGCUGCAAUAUGGCUUUUCCCAGCAGCAGCCCAAACGAAAGAAGGAUCCGGGGGACGGCCGUGUCAGACAGGGGGGGAAAAGGGUCAAACCUCGUCCUCCUAAAACCAAAGACCCUGGAGUCAGAGGCCAGUCGCUCCUCACUCAGGUCCUGGACAAGGGCCACUUCCUCCGGCUGGGAAACACCACGGUGCUCCCCUCUGGCCGCUCCCUGGAACUCCGCUGCAAAGGUGCAAACAUCGGCUGGACUUAUCCCUCGUAUCUGGACACUUUCAACGACUCCCGACUCAGCACAAAUCAGAUCGAUAAAUACGGACAGCUGGUCCUGACAGCGCCCUCUGCUGCUGACACUGGGCUCUACAGCUGCUGGGUCAAUCUCUGUGACGGAAGAGAGUGCUCCGUAGACAUUGACAGGAACUACUCUACCUACAUCUUCUUCUCCGACAAAGACAACCUGUUUGUUCCCUCCCUGAUCCACUUCGAGCUGGUGUACCUGCGUCCGGACCGCUCUGCUGUGGUGCCCUGCAGAGUCACCGACCCACAGGCCCGGGUGUCGCUGCACAGGGAGGUGCCCCCAGAGGAGGUCUCCACUAACGGGACCGACGUGACCUUCGACCCCACGAGAGGCUUCGUCCUGCAGAGUCCUGGACCAGAGCUGCAGGGGGUCUUCUACUGCAGAGCCCAGAGCAGAGGGGCCCCACAGAUCUCCACCAAGUUCCAGCUGCUCUACGUCGAGGUUCCCAGCGGCGCUCCUUUCGUCAGUCUUCAAACAUCUCCAGAUUCUGUGGCGGACGGCGACUCGAUGAACGUGACCUGCACCGUCCUGGGAGAACCCGAGGUCCCUAUAGAUUUCAACUGGAUCCAUCCCAACCCGGAACCUUCUCGCCCCGUCCAGACGCACUCGCACUGGCGUCUGGUGAAGCGGGGCCUGGGCCACACCACACGUGUCUCUCAGAGCGUCCUCAGCAUCAAGGACCUGAGCUCCAGGGACUACGGCAGCUACAUCUGCAAAGCCAAGAACAAGUACGGAGAGACCGCUGUGGCCACCGACGUUCACGCUGGAUAG